GGUCAGACGUGUUUCUCAAACUGUGGUGCAAAACAAGGACAUACGACAUUUGGUUCCUCAUGCAUGAUGAUCAGCCUUAUUGCUCAUGCUGGUGCAGUGCCUUUUGGCUACACAAGUGAAAUGGACGAGUGUGAAGUGCAGUGCUUUUCCUACGAUGACCAUAUUAUCGUCUGUGAAAACAUGAGUUGGAUGAAUAGCCGAGCUUCCACCACCGGUCUGCCCCCCCUGCCCGACAUCAUCACGAGCAACACGCCCCCGGCAUCGCCCCUCCGCCGCGCUCACUCCUACCACUUCCUCUUCCCGGAGAAGCCCAGCGCCGCGACCCGGGCUCGGAGGCCGCCCACGCCUUCAGCCUACGUCUCCUGGGACACGCCCCCUACCCCCAGCCAGAGCACGCCCACCCUGUCGCCCUCGCGCGUGGGUGGCGUCGGUUCGCCAGCGAGGGAGGGCGAGCGCCUGACCACGAGCCUCAAGCACAUCCAGGAGGUGAAGCAGAGGGUGCGGAAGGACCCAGGCUUCCAGGACCGGCGGCAAAAUGACCUCCCGCAGCUCAUGUGGGAAGUCCCGCGCUACAGGGACGUGCAGGAGGCCGAAGGAGGGGAGGAGAGAGAGAAGAGAGGCAAUAAGGGAGAUGGGGAUAAAAGAGAAGGAAGGAAGAAAGAAGAUAAGAGGGAUGGCGAGGAGACGGCGCAGCAAAGAACAUGGCGGCUCGUCGGACGUGACCUGCGGAAGUUGGGGGACCAGUUCGCGCUCAAGCAUGCUCAGAGGGUUGAUGCCAAACCGAACAACAACGGCUACGUGAGCUCCGCAGUUCCGCUGACGUUCACUAGAUGUCUCUCAGCCUCCAUACUGUGCUUGGUGUGGUGGCGCCUCCUCAACAAACUCCGCUGAUCGAGAAGUCGGGAAGAAGAAAAAAGAGAGGAAAAGAAGGAGGAGGAACCAAGAACGAGGAAUUUGAAGAAAAGAAAUAGGAAACAAAAGGAAAUGAAGAAAGAAAAGGAGGGACAAGAAGGAGAUAAAAGACACAGACGCUCACCCAUGAAAUGAUCUCAGGAUUGUUGUCCUCAAAUGUCUUUCAGAGAAUCUAUCGGAAGUCUUUCAGAACCUUACAAAAAAAAAAAAAGACAACUGCCAAUUUGCUUUUCUUUUAAGAGAGGAAGGCAUUUAUUGUAGAUUUUGUAAAAAAGUAGAUUAAUCGAUAGGGACUUUUUCUAAAGGAUUCAAGCUAUUUUUCAUUAGGCUUGGAAGUUCAUUCGAUUCUUGUAUUGCUAGUGUUAAUGCGUAGGACAUCCCACGGGUCUAAGAAGGAUUCGACAGGCGUCCUCAAAGUGUCCUCUUUAUACACAGUGUAUAAUGGAGUGACCUUAAAACCCGGGUGGUUCGCUUACCCGUCACUACCCACAUGUCUUUCACUGUCCUAGAGUUGCAUUGCCCAGUUAGAGUGUAAGGAAUUCGUCAGCGUGGAGGCUUUUGCGGACAGACAGAUAGACAGACAGACAGACAAAGAGAGAAAAAGACAAAGAAAGAGAAAGAGAGAGAGAAAAAUAUAUAUAUAAGGAAAUGUGUUCCUCUAUGUACAAAAUGGAGGGAGGUUGUCCUCCUUGAGAAUCCUCUUCCUCUCUCUCUCUUUCUCUCUCUCUUCACCACGCUGGCUUAGUCGUUAAGUUUAUUAUACCGAAGACGACUCGAGUUGUCUGCGGAACUUGGUGUAGCUUUAGUCCGAACAAGCGAUGGAUCUCAAUUACCAGUUGUAUGGUCGAACUACCGGUCUUUCAUAUUAGCUGUUAUGUUCACGGCCGUUACUGAUAAGGUUGUAAGUUAAGGAGAAAUUAUUAUGUGUUUGCAUCGAUGUACAAAGCAUGUGUUUUGAACCAUGUGUAUGUUGGUUUGUAGACACGUAGCUGUACAAAGUGUAUAUAGAUUUAUUGUCCAUGUAAAUAUGUUGAAUUUAGUAAUAUGAGUUAGCCUGCUAGGAACUAGGUGUUUUUACAUAAUUUUGAUAAAAGCGGAAAGGUUUCUUCACUCAACUUAUUGUCACAAGGCGAAAGAUACCCAGUUCCUCGUUUGGUAUUUUGAUACAUUGGCGCAUAAACUGUUCGACUGUGUAUAUGGUAAAACAAAGGCUUUUGUAAAUUUCUAAAUGAGCAUUAUGUGUGGAUUUUUGUUUCACAACGGUAGCAGGAUUUACACAGGAACAAAGUCUUGCUGGUUGCUUCUGUUUAUAUGAUUUGUGCUGAUUGGUGCUCCGUCUAGUGUUAAUAUUAUAUUAUGGACACGAUUGAGCAACGCUGAUUCUACAGAGAACUGAAGAAAAACAAAAAAAAAGUAAAUAGCAAAAUAUAUUCUUUUUAAAAAUCUUAACUACUAAAAAGAGGCAAUAUAACAAAGUUCUUUCUGGAGGGACAGAAGAGUGCUCGAUACGCGUCCACGAUCAUCAAAGCUGUAAAACGUGAUACUGCUUAAAAUGUUUGUGAAUUAGUGUGUAAGCAUUUUGGGGAAGAAUCCUGCGAGGCGAAGACGCGACAUAUUUGUGAAUCGUAAUCGUGAAUAAGCAGGAUUUGUUUUCUUGGGUAGAAAGGUAGACUUCUCUUCUCUCUCUUUCAUCUUCUCAUCGUCCUAUCUCUUACUUCUUCUGUUUCCCUUUUUCCCCCUUUUGUCUUUAAUUCUGCUUGUAGAGCUUAAACAAUAUUUGAUUAUGUUUUCUCUCCGACACUUUCCGGCGACUCGUAGAUAUCAAUGGAAAUGAAAGAUCCUGUUCAUUAUAUUUUCUUUGAGCAUUUUCGUUUUUUCGUCAUUCCCUUCUUGUAUUUACUGAAUUCUUUGUAAUUUGCAAAGUUAAGGAAACAGAGGAUUUACAUGUAUAAUUUUCUUCUUGUCAUUAUUAUCUGUCAACAAUGGUAUAUUUGACCUUUCAUUAUAACAAUAUACUUCGAGGCAUAAUUCCUAAGACACUUGAUCAUAUAUCAUCUUAAUCACCACGAUCAGCCAAAAUUUUAUUUGCUCACAUGAGGAUACUUACUGUAAGCUGAGUGUUGUAACAUCUAGUCAUCAUAAGCAUCGUGAAGAUUAAGUUGAAUAUUGUGAACCAAACUCUACGGGAAGUGCCUCCAUGUUUGAAUGAUGUUGUGUUCUUUCCAUUCUAUUAUUUUAAUGUUUUGUUUUAUAUUCCGCUUGAAUACUUCUUUAUUGUCUAUAUUAUUUGCUCCUUCUGCUGUUAGAUUAUACUAGUUAGCUAUAUUUCUGAUUGCUUAAAAGACAUUUUUUGUACAUUUGUAUUUUAUACCAAGACAUUUUUAAAGCUUGAAUUUCAACCCAGGAAACUUUAUCUGUAUGUCCGGUUGGCCAAAAAGAAUAUUUUGUAACAUUAAUUGGAAUACAAUGUUUCUGAAAAUAAAUUUAAGUGACGGAA